CUGCCGGAGAUGUGCGCGAUGUUGGAAGGAGCGCUCCUGAAUCAUCAUCCUCUAGCAUCAAGUGGACACCUCUAGCAACGGAACUGCGUAUUCUCUUCACUUCAACGAGGACGAAGAGCUCUUGAAUAAUUUUGAGACAGGAAACAAACUAGUAAUAUACUCUGCUGUCGUAUUUCUCAGUAAAUACCGGGUCAAACGCAGAGCCUACAGUAAAGAAAAAGGGAAAAACGUGACACUGGAGAAACAUCAAAGAAUAGUGUAAAGCCACCUGUCAGACUGCGAUCACAAUGGGAAGGAAAAAAAUACAAAUCUCUCGUAUCCUGGACCAGCGGAAUAGACAAGUUACUUUCACCAAGCGUAAGUUUGGCCUGAUGAAGAAGGCGUAUGAGCUGAGUGUGUUGUGUGACUGUGAGAUUGCCCUCAUCAUCUUCAACAGCACCAACCGUCUGUUCCAGUACGCCAGCACUGACAUGGACAAGGUCCUACUCAAGUACACAGAGUACAGCGAGCCUCACGAGAGUAGGACCAACACAGACAUAAUGGAGACUCUGAGGAGGAAAGGCCUGGGUCUGGACGGGACAGAGCUGCUGGACACUGAGGAGCCCAUGCAGGUUGCAGCAGAGAAGUUCGGUCCACUAAGCGAGGGCAUGGACCUCUCCCUAGCCCGCCAGCGCUACUAUGCCCCCUCCCUGCUCUCACCCGAGGCCCAGUUCCUGGUGACUGCUGGCUGUGAGAAUGGAUACCCCAACUCGUCCAACCCCAGCCUGAGCUCCCACAGACCCCCUGCCUUCAAGCCACUGGGCCCCAGACCAGGCUCAGUCAGCCCUGCAGGGCCCCACAGCCACGCUACCUUCAUGUCUCCACACUCAGGUAUUGGCUACUCCAUAUUCUCCCAUGGCAACCUGAGCCGGGCCUUGGAGAUGAAGACUCCUCCCCCUUUGAACCUGGGCAAUGACAACCGGCGGGCAGAGAGCCACCCUGGUAUGGGUGGCAUUCGCGCCAACCUCAACAGUGCUAGAGGCAUACUGUACCAGGGUAUGCACCCAGGGAACCACAUGCUGACCAUGGGGAAGGCAGGUCUGCUGGGCCAGAAUCUUGGGGGCUACGGCCUCUCUGCUGGACCAUCUGACUACAGCCACCCAGGUUUCUCCCAUGCUGUGAGUCUACAGCGUGGUACAGUGAACCCGUGGCAGACGGCACAACAGCAGGAGCAACAUGUACCCCACCUCAGCCCAGCGAUGUCCAGCGGAGGGUGCUCUUUUCCCUCUCAGGCCUCCACCCCCACCACUCCUCCUCACCCCUCCCUCAACCUCAGCAUCAAAUCAGAGCGAGCCUCCCCGGAGCGCAUCUGCUCUGCGACCUCUCCGCCGCUGCAACAUCUGAGGCAGCACUCUCCAAUGAGCACCCCCGAUUCUGCUCGCCACACACCCCAGGAACCUUACCCAGCCAAUGAGAGAGAGGAAUUCCCCAAAGGAGGUUUUCCCUACCCGGCUCAGCAAGGGGCAGAGGAGAAAGGGGGGCUGCCCCUGAGGCAAUUAGAAAUUAGCGAUGGGUGGCAGAGAUAGUUGGCAGUGACUACCACACACCAUCCACCCUCCUUCAAGCCAAAGCAAGCCUGCCACAUGGUUGCCCACUCACAGAGAGAGGAGGAUGGGGAGAUGAGGUUCAUUAAUUCACAUCAUCCCAGAGGAAAGAAAGACCCCCCUUAGAGCUGGGCUGGACUCUCCCUUGUGGGUGAUGAAGAUGUGUCACUGCCUCUCUGAUCCUGAUAUAUUGCUGGGUGUGUUGUUGGGUUUUGUUGGUUUGUCUGUGUGUUGGGGUCAGAGGGUAUGUCAAACCACAUAUCAGUGUAGUUCUCUCAUCCUGUUUGAGCUACAGAGCAGAGGGUAAGGGAGAUUCAGUCAUUUAGCCAUGUUCUUAGAGCACUGUGUUUCAGAGUAGUACUUUACAUUCAGGUCCCCAGUUACAGUGCCUUCGGAAACUAUUCAGACCCCUUGACUUUUUCCACAUUUUGUUAGAUUACAGUCUUAUUCUAAAAUGGAAUUAAAAAA